AUGGAGAGUUUCGGUCAAGUCGAGCCAACUCAGCCGGUGAACAGCACAAACGACAGUUUUAUUACAGAUCCAUCCACUGUGGAUGUGGCAGAGAGUCUCGCCUUUCAGAUCAGCCUGGCAGUUAUCCUCUCCGUUAUCACGCUCGCCACCACUUUAUCUAACGCCUUCGUAAUCGCAACCAUCUCCCAGUCUAAGAAACUGCAAACUCCUGCAAACUUUCUGAUCGCCUCUCUGGCUAUCACCGACCUGCUGGUGUCCAUCCUGGUGAUGCCCAUCUGCGUCCUGUACACGGUCAUCCACACCUGGACGCUGGGGCAAAUCGUGUGCGACAUCUGGCUCUCCUCGGACAUUACGUGUUGCACGGCGUCCAUCCUCCACCUGUGCGUAAUCGCUUUGGAUAGAUUCUGGGCCAUCACGGACGCAGUGGAGUACACCAAAAAGCGCACGCCGGGGCGCGCAGCAGGCAUGGUGGCCACAGCCUGGGUCAUCGCUAUCUCCAUCUCCCUGCCGCCUCUCUUCUGGAGGCAGGUGAAGGCGGAGGAGCUGACCAGCUGCAGCGUCAACACGGAUCAUAUUUUCUACACCAUCUACUCCACCUUUGGGGCUUUCUACAUCCCCACAUUGCUGCUGAUUGUCCUCUACGGGCGGAUAUACGUGGAGGCACGGAAACGGAUCCUGAAGCAGUCCCCCAAGAAGGCGGGGAAGAGACUCACCUCUGCGCACCUGGUCACCAACUCUCCGGGAUCCGUGGCGUCUCUGCAGUGUGGGAAACACGACACCCCGUCCAGCGACACCGGGUCUUCAACAAGCGAGAACCAGGUGAAAGUGACCGUGUCAGACGCGUUUUUGGAGAAAAAGCGUAUUUCUGCAGCCAGAGAGAGAAAGGCGACAAAGACUUUAGGGAUAAUCCUCGGCGCUUAUAUUGUUUGUUGGCUUCCGUUUUUCAUUUACACAUUGGUGGUGGCCACGUGUGAAACAUGUUUUAACCCCGAGCUAUUUGACUUUUUCACCUGGUUGGGCUAUCUGAACUCCCUCGUCAACCCGAUCAUAUACACAAUGUCCAAUGAGGACUUCAAGAAGGCUUUCCAUAAACUUUUGCGCUUCAGAUGCUGCAGGUCGUAAAGGAAUGUUAUUUUAGU